AUGUCUUCAGACAGCGGCGACGAAGACAACACCAAAAUGGAGGGGUUCCUGCGAAACUGGAGGCAGACUGCCUUCAACUCCGGCCAAUUCCAGACAGCCAUCUUCAUUGGCGAUAAGCUUCUGGCUCUCACAAACGACGACAAUGACGCGUUCUGGAUGGCCCAAGUCCACUUCUCGACGGGCAACUAUACCCGUGCCCAACGUUUCCUCGAGAGCAGGGACCUAGUUCGAAGAAAUCCCUCCUGCCAGUACCUUGCAGCGCACUGCCUCGUCAAGCAAUUGCGCUUCGACGAGGCGCUGACCGUGCUGGGAGAUCGCGACCCCACCUACCUGAUCAAGUCGAAGGAGACAAGCAAACGCAAGACCCAGUCGGGCACGAGUGGCAGAGCAGGGAGCACCUUGAAAUCGUCACGCGAUACACAGAAAGAGACGGAGGCGAUCAAUCGGCGCUAUGAAGCCGGCAUGUGCUACCUGCGAGGCAUCUGCCAUGCCAAGCUGAAUGCAUUUGAUCGCGCAAAGGAGUGCUAUAAAAAUGCAGUCCGGAUCGACGUACAAUGCUUCGAGGCCUUCAACCAGCUGACCAAGAACGCAUUGUUGUCGUCGGAGGAGGAGUGGGAGUUCCUCCACUCGCUCGACUUCGAUUCGAUCAGCACUGCUGGCGAUCCUGACGCCUCCCAGGAAAUAGCCAGCUAUGUCGAAAUGCUCUAUAGCACUCGGCUGUCCAAAUACCAAAACCAGGAUGCUUUCAACACGGCUUGUGAGAGCCUGGCCACACACUACAAGCUCAAGGACAACGCAGAUCUCCUUCUGGCCAGAGCAGACCUGCUCUAUACCCAAUCUCGCUACAGAGAUGCUCUUGAGAUUACUAACGUCAUACUUGCCGAUGACAAGUACAACUUCAGCGUCUAUCCAAUCCAUUUGGCGUGUCUCUAUGAGCUGAAAGAGAAGAAUCUUCUGUUCUUGGUCGCCCACGAACUUGCUGACAGCCACCCCGAGGAGCCAUGCACGUGGCUUGCCGUUGCCAUCUACUACUACCUGACUGGCAAAAUUGCCGAAUCACGCCGCUACUUCAGUAAAGCCAGCAUGAUGGAUGCUCACUUUGGCCCUGCCUGGAUUGGCUUCGCGCACACGUUCGCUGCAGAAGGCGAGCACGAUCAAGCCAUCUCGGCCUACUCGACGGCCGCGAGGCUGUUCAUGGGAACACACCUCCCACAAGUAUUUCUGGGCAUGCAACACCACGCCAUGAAUAACAUGACUGUGGCGGAGGAGUUUCUCAACACUGCUUAUGGGCUGUGCAAGACUGACCCGUUGCUCCUGAACGAGAUGGGAAUUGUAUACUAUCACCAGAACCGCCUCAAGGAAGCCGUGGACUACUUCAAGGAGUCCCUUGCGAUUGCUGAGGAGAUUGACAGUGAUCCGCAGGCGUGGAUUGUCGCACGAACCAAUCUAGGUCAUGCUUAUCGACGACAGCGGAAAUCUCAGCAGGCCCUCGACGAAUUCGACAUGGUUUUGCGGGAAGGCGGCAAGGACGCGGCGAUAUUUUGUGCGAAAGGCCUGAUCUACCUCGAUACCGGGAAGGCGGAAGAGGCGGUCAGUGUCUUGCACGAAGCACUGGCGAUUCAUCCCCAGGAUCCAAUUGCAACCGAGCUUCUGGUCAAGGCCUUGGACGAGUGCUCCAACUCGGGCCAUAUCAUAGGCGAAAUCACCGAUGACGCAGAAAUGGCCGAGUUUGAGCAGGUCCUGGAACAGCGCAAGCAUGCGGCAACAUCGAAGCUGGCGGCCAAGCUGAAUGGAUCCCAGAACAGGAGCAAAGCGAAGUCGCCGGCGACUCUGGCAGUACGGGAAUUGUUCACGCGAGGUCAGCCUACCACAGGAGCUGCACCGAAGCAUGCAGGCAACAGGCUGGGCCGAUGGUUCUCGGGCAGGCGAUCAGACUCGCAUGCGGGGUGGAAGCCUUACACGAUGAGGGCGCCGGUGCUCUGUGCCGUCGUCGUGAUAUCCCUCGGACUAGCAGCAGUGCUCGAGUUUCUCGCGCAGAAGAGCCAAAGACAGGGAGGCCUGGCGCUCUCAUCUUCUGAGGACGAAAUCUCGGGGUCCGUCAAUAUCGCGUACCUGUACAUGCCGACGACCGUCGCCGUGCUGUAUAGCCUUCUCUGGACGUGGAUCGACCUCGAUGUGCGCAGAAUGCAGCCCUGGUUUGAGCUGUCCCGGUCUCACGGUGCCAACGCGGAGCAGUCGCUUCUGUUGAAUUACCCGUUUGAGUUCUUGGCCUUUGUCCCGUUUAAGGCUUGGAAACAGAGGCACUGGCCUGUAUUCAUUACGGGCUCGGUCAUGAUGCUUAUCUUCUGGGCUAUCACACCUCUGCAAGGUGCAAUAUUUGGACAGCAGGCUGUUACAGUGUCGAGGAACCCUAUCAUGGUCCCCAACUCGGUCCUCGUUGGUGUUGAGGAGCAGGCAGCCUUGAUUGAUGUGUCAAUCCUCAAUUCCGCGUACGGGACGACGUGGUACAACCGGGACCUUCCGGAGUAUACUACGACCGAAUAUGCCGUACUUCCAUUUUCUCCUCUGAGCCAAUCCACCAUGGGUGUCAAUGAAACGUGGACCGCCAAUACUACGAAAUUCGCGACCGACUUGAACUGUUGGCCGGCAAAUUUCACAGAAAAUAUCAAGGCUGUCCAAGGAGGUCAAUACCUCUUCGACAAUGGCCAGGGAUGUUUGCAGAACAUAACAAUAAGCGGGGGCAAAGAAGGGUGGUACAUUAUGCAGUACAUCGGCUACAAAGGCGACGCACAUCUUGACUGGCAUCUGGCGAACGAUGAGUGUGGAACCGAAUUUUCCCAUCAAUUCCUUGCGAUUGGUGGUCGGGGCUCGGGAACCGGUGCCAACGCAACCAUUGGAAACAUGACAGCAAUGUUCUGCGAGCCGUCUUACACGAAGCAGCCAGUAUCCAUUACGGUGGAUGCUGUUACAAGACGACCACUGAAUGACUCCCUAGUUGAGCUGGCCGCGCCCUCACCGCUGAACAAUACUCUGUUCAACAUUUCGGCUUUUGAGUUCCUAUUGCAUGCUGGCUUCUCUUCGCUGGCAAUUUCUAGAGAUUACCCGAACAACUUGAUACUGGAUCAGUAUGCGAAAUUAUACGACUCAAACAUUUCGUGGCCGACGACGAAUAUGGUCGGGUUUGCGGUCGGGCUACAUGAUGGCCCUCUGACUGACUUUUUGAACACCACCGUCAUACAGGAAUCUUACGCCGCAGCCCACAGGCUGGCCUUCUCGUUAGCCAUCUCGCAGCUUGCCUCACCCGCUGUCAAUCUCGAGACACACAGUGGUGUCAUCAAGUACGCCGCUUUCGGUGUCGUCGUCAGCAGGCCGUUCUCCAUCGCGGUGGAGGUCUUGCUGGUGGUGGUGGCCUUUUCGGCAGUGGUCCUACUCUACACCAUCGUGCGAUCUCCCAGCAAUUUGACCAGCGAUCCUGACAGCAUUGCGUCUCUAUUUGGAUUUAUCCAGAAGGAAGAUGGCGUCCUGUCCCACCUUUCAACCAAAGACAACUUGACUGAGUCUUCCCUCAGCGCUAGUAUACGCGCUGACCGAUACCACCUCACGCCAACCAACGAUGCAACCGGCCCUACUCUGCAACUCCUUUCUUCUGGAAACGGUUCUGGUCUCACCCGUCCAAGUCAGAAUUUCGAGGUCUUGCAGCUGUUGGAGAACUACAUUCCCAUGGUGUUUUCUACAUUAUUAGAACCAUUUCUCGUCGUUCUCAACCGCUUGCUUUGCCUACUUCAACCGUAUUAUGACCUAUUGGAUGGGAAACGCUCGCCACGGACCACGAUUGAGACCAAGUACGAUUCUCUUCCUCCGCAGCUCGUCGCCUGGCGGGCCGUGAAGGCUGGCCAUUAUUUUCUGGCCCUUCUCAGCGUUGUGGUCCUGAUGGCCAAUGUUCUUGCCAUUGGCCUGGGUGCAAUCUUCAACGAGUCGUCAACAUCAGUUUUCGCGACUAGAAACAUGACCUUGUUGGCAUCGCCAUCUCUAUCACGUGUGGACCUCCUGCCAGAGAGCUUUGCAACGGGUAAAGGAACUCAGUACUAUGACCAUUUUUAUAUCGUCCAAACCAACAUGUCGGCCAAUACGCGACUGCCUCCAUGGAUCGACGCGCACUUCACUUACUUACCAUUCUCUGAUCUCACCUCCAAAGAUAACUCGUCAGCCCAGUACACCGCGGUAACUCGGGGUUUUGGUACUGAAGCCACGUGCUCUAUGCUCCCCACAGACAACUCAUCACUCAGCCGACUCGAAUAUUCGUACAACACUACCGCAGGCCCGGCGACACAGCAGGUGAUCAAGGCCGUCUAUGAAGACACGCCGUACGGAAAUACCACUAAAUGUCUAUUGCCGGGGUUCAUUGAUUACACGGUCGGCGGUAUCCUGCCCGAGGGCAAAUCGGCUCACGAAUUCUACUCGGCUCUUGAGCAGGAGGACGUCAACACGUUCAAGAAUGCGUCUGAAGAAGCAGUGGCGUUCUGCGAGGAGAGGCUUGUGCUGGGAUGGAUGCGAUACGACACGGCAAAAGCCGAAUCCGGACCAGAUAUGACAUUCCUUCAGUGCACGACGCAACUCGUCACGGCGCAGUUCAACAUAACCGUGGAUACGGAUGGAUACAUACUGCGAUCAGAAAGACUUGGGGACUACGACAAUAUCACCGAGAUCUUGGGCCCAAGUGCAGCGAACAUUUCGCACCAAGCUAAUCUGCUCAUUGGCGACAAGUGGCACGCCAGCAGCACAGGUGCCAAAGACAUGUGGCACAAUGAUUCUGUGACAACGGACUGGAUGAAUUACUACCUGAAGAUUGCCACCAACAGCACAGACCUGAUUAACCCGAACAAGCCCAUUCCGGACGCGGUACACCUCAUCCCCAUCGUCCAAGAGAUGUAUCAGCGCAUCGGGGCUGCGUUGCUAGGAGCAAACCGAGACCUAUUCGUGGACUCGCCGCAAAAUCAAGGUUCUGUCCUCUUUGCGACAAUUGAAACGCAAGACACGAAGAUAUUCAUGGAUAAUACGGCUCUGGUCAUCAGCUUGACUAUCUUGGGGAUAUACUUGCUGGUGUCCAUCCUCUUGUAUGCUCGACAGCGAAGGAUAUUGCUCCCCAGGAUGCCCUCCACGAUCGGGUCUACAAUUGCAUAUGCUGCCGGGAGUCGCGCUGUCAGGCUUUACAACGGGCCCGGGAAGGACGGCUCAUCCAGCGAGACGUACAGCUUCGGGAGGUAUCUUGGUAUAGAUGGGAAGGCGCAUAUCGGCAUUGAGCUUGACCCUUAUGUUUUCUCUUUGGAUCAGACAUCAUCGUUGGGCGGCAGCAAGGAACCACUCAAAAAUAAAGUGUAA